CGAGCAGCCGUCAGUAGCGCGUCGUCUCAUACGCCCAGCAUCAGCGCAGAGAAACACAAACUGACCAACUUGAAGACGCCUUUAUCAGGAAUCUACCUUCUUCCAAUCUCUGGUGGGACUUUAACUUUUUAAUUCAGGUUGUUCAACUCGGUUCCACCUCGUCGCUUUGCCAUGAGUGUGAGCGUGAACUCGGAGAACGUCUUUCUGACGGCGCUGCAGCCCAACUCGACCGUCAGCACUUACGCGGUCCCGUCCGAAAACGACCUCGCUCACGGCGGCUCCCACGGCAAGGAGGAGGCGAGAUUUAAACGCGUUCACCAGCAGGUGUCCAUGAGACUGGCGGAAAAAUCCACGCUUCCGCGCCAGAACGGCUCCUCGUCACAAUACGCAGCCUCAGAGUCUGGGAAUUAUUCUACGAUGACCAAAUAUUCAACAAUGAACCAGAAUUUCACUCCAAACUUCAGCUCUAAAUCCUUCGUCUAUUCCUCCGGCAGACCAGUGACGGCCCAGCGUCCAUCCCAGUACUCUAGCGGUUACUCAUCCCGCUCCGCCAUUGAUUUCGGGCCAAGAACCAAAAUCAGUUAUACAGGAGGUGGAGGAGGUGGUGGCGGCGGGGCGUUUUACCAAGAAGAUUUAGUCGGCUGCGGUUACCAGGUUGGCGGUUAUCAGGGUAGCGGUUACCAAAGUGGCGGUCAAGUUCAACAGCAGCAGGUCAACUCAAUGACUCGAUCCUUCAGCCGAAUGGGAGGCGACCCAGAGACCCUGUCGAUGCAUUCGAUGCGUGUGGCAUCCAUGCCACGGCAGGUGGUUUCUUCAUGGGUGCAGGACGACAGCGACGGCAGCCUGGUUUCAGAACGUGACGCCACUUAUGCGCAACAGGCCUCCAUGCAUAGCACGAGCAAUGGCUACACCGCCAACACCUACCCACGCCACUCCAUGUAUUCGACUUCGAGGGUGAACGGAUUCGAAAACGGUCAGCAGCAGGUCAGUUCCAUGACAUUGCCAGCCAUGAAACGCUCCCUCAGCGGGACGCUGGCCACUGGCGGCGGAGGAGGCAGCACGGAGCAAGAGGUGUACGUUAGCCGGCAUUCCUUCAAAGGCCCCGCCCACCGCACCAUCAGCCGAAUCAACAACCGCCAAACGACUCGCACCAUGUCAUCAAGCAUGUAUGGAAGUGGUGGAUUCAGCGGCUCGCAGAGCAACCUGGCCAUGCAGCAGGGAAGGCUGUCGCGCGCCGGCUCCGUCAGGAGCGUGCAUAGCGUCGGGAGAGGCAAGGAUGUGUUCGACGGCAUGGAUAUGGCAGGCAGCAUGGGCAACCUGAGCGGACUCAGCAAUUUGGACAUGCCGACUGCCAUUAGCUAUCUUGAGGACUCCGAUCCCAGUCUUCAGAUGUUGGGAGCUGCCUACAUUCAGCAUGAGUGUUACCACAACAAUGAAGCAAAGAAACAGGUGAAACAGCUGAAGGGCAUUCCUCUCCUGGUGCAGCUGUUUACCAGCGAGAAUCAAGAGGUGCAGCGCUACGCCACCGGCGCCACCAGAAACCUCAUCUACGAGAACAUGGAGAACAAAGUGGCCCUUAUUGAAGCUGGCGGGAUCCCCAAACUCAUAGAGGCCCUUAAAGAAGACGACCACGAACUCCGCAAGAACAUCACAGGUAUUCUGUGGAAUCUGUCUUCGAAGGAUAACCUGAAAGAAAGGCUGGCACGAGAAACUCUUCCUGAAUUGACAGAAAGGAUUCUGAUUCCCCUCUCCAACCCUAAGGACCAGGACAAGAUUGAGCUGAGCCCCUCAGAGUCCGACAUUUUCUUCAACACUACCGGCUGCCUCAGGAACUUGAGCUCAGUGAACGAGAAGACCAGACAGCAGAUGCGAGACACCCAUGGCCUUAUAGAUGCUCUGGUUGGCUAUAUUCAGAAAUGCUUGCCGGAUGGUUCAGUGAAUGGAAAGGGUGUGGAGAACGCAGUGUGUGUGUUGAGGAAUCUGUCCUAUCAGCUGUACAGUGAGAUUCCCGCAUCAGCACUUCUGCGACUGGAGGGUCCGAGUCGAGCUCAGGGCUCCUCAAAAGGAGAAGCUAUCGGCUGCUUCACCCCUAAUAGCAAGAAGGCCAAAGAUAGACAGAAUCAGGACCUCACCACAUUUACAGAAGUGUCACGACAGCCCAAGAACAUGGAGUGGCUCUGGCACCCUCAGAUAGUGGGGUUGUACAGCCAGGUGCUGCAGCGCUGCGAGCUCAACCCCACAACGCGAGAGGCCGCGGCCGGAGCCCUGCAGAACAUCACAGCUGGAGACAAGAGGUGGGCGUCCAUCUUGAGUCGUGUGGCGUUGGAGCAGCAUAGGAUGUUGCCCGUCAUUCUGGAUCUCUUCAAGACCAACAACGAUUCAGAAAUGCGUUCUCUCACCGGCUUCCUCAGAAACCUCUCCCGUCAUGCCAAGGACAAGAACGACAUGGCCACAAAGGUGGUAAAUCCCUUGAUUGUCAAACUGCCCGACGAUGGCCGCCAGAAGGAGCCGUCCAGUGACGUGGUGGUGAACAUCUGUGGAGCCCUCAACAACCUGGUGACCAGCAGCAUGGUGGCUGCACGAGACAUCACCUACUUCGAUGGUCUGUCCAAACUGUUGGGCAUCAAGAUCGCUCAUGAUAGCAGCCCUGGCAAACUAAAAGCCGCCAAAGCUGCAGCAACAGUGCUGAGCAACAUGUUCCAGUACAAGAAACUACACAAAGAUUACAGAGCCAAAGGGUUCGAGAGAGAGCAAUUUUCAGACUUGGGGUUCUGAAUGGAUUAUAUUGUCAAACAAGAAGAUAUUUAAUAAGGACAAUGGAUAAAGAAAACGCAAAUCCCUACCGGAACACCAGCAACAUAAAUAAUCUGAAAAAUGGAAAAACACACACAAGACUUUUUUUGCUACUGUAUAGGAUGAACACAUCCUGUUUAGCCCUUUUGUUAUUUUCCCAAAAAAUCCUCAGGGAUUUACUGCAAUAUGUCUUUUUUUUAUAUACUGGCUGUUGCCUGUAUUUUGUUUUCUUUUUGAAUAUACAGAAACAGAUUAUCCAGGAUAUAAUAAUUAUAUCUUGGGAAUGUAAUCAUGUUUAAAAUACUUGCUUUUUUUUUAGAUAUUUGUAGAAAAAUAUCUGUAUUAUCAUGGUGGGCAAGACAUUUUAGCUGGAAGCUGGAAUUGUGAGGGAGUUGAUGAUAUAAGAAGACUGUAUUAUGUUUUAUAACAGAACUGCUUAUUUCUUACUAGUCCGAUUUAAAAUCUAGUGGGUUUUCUUCUGUUUUGGUGUUUUGUACAGAUGUGUCAUUAUUUAGUGUACAAAUAAUAUCUAUAAUCAUAUGAGGACAUAUGGUAAAAUACCAUCUGAAUGUUUGAAUGGAAGCCCGCAGUUGAUUAAAAACAUUUUUUACAAAACAACAUCACUUUAUGCCAAACACAUACGGAUCAUUUCUAUUCACUUAUGAAUUUACCUACUUUUCGUAAUAGUAUACAGUGCAAUAUGUGCAUUAAUUUGACAGUUAGCAAUUCUACUGACAUUUUUUUUUGUAUAAACUUUUUUAUUAUGGAUGCUACAUGUUGAAUGUUUGUUUUGGGUUGGUAUGUUUUCAAAUUAUAUUUAAUCUGGUGUGUAUGCAGCAUUGUCAAAUAGACUGUUAUGAGUGAUUUGCAAUCUUUAAAUAUUUGAGACACUUUUUUACAUAUGGAGACGUGAUUCUUCAAAGAGGUCUUGAACUUUCUGACCUAUAAGAAUACAUGGAAUGUUCUCUUUUUCAAAGUCUUUGAUUAUCGAAUGUCUAGUAUAUUGUGGAAUUCAAAAUAAUGUCUUGUAAAAUUGCAUGUGUGAGUGUCAUAGAUCUAUGUUCAUAAAAAAGCAAUAAAAAGGAAAUAAAGAGA